AUGCUGAGUGCCAGCCGCAACGUGGGGGCCUGUGUUUCGGAGCCAGCAAUUGAGCUCCUCGAGAUUCCCUCCUUCUCGGGAGAAGUUCCCCCACUCAUACUAUCCGCCUUCUUCAAUGCUGUGACCAAGGUCAAAAACAGACAGCUUCUGGAAGCACGGACAGAGAUAGACACCCUUGUGUCUGCUAAUCCUGUCCUUGCCAAGCAGUCGGCUUACUGGUGCUUUCGCAUAGAUAUGGAGCUCUACUCUGGAUGUAUAUCCGCCGCUCAUGGAGUUCUUGCCGAGGCGUUUUUGCAAAACCCAAAGCCUAGAGAAAUGCUACUUGAAAAGGCUCAGAGCAUGAACAUACAGGAUGCCCCUCGAUCCGGGGUGUUCUCCAGCCCAGUCCAGCAUGUAGUAAGGCCGAGCUUUUCACGGUCGCCGAUCUACGAUAAGUUGCAGCUACUAGCGAGCCAUACGACUCCACAGGAUCUGGAAGAAGGACUUGACAAGUCGGACAUCUCACUUCUCGAAACCCAGACAGCUCUGUAUGCCUCCAUUGUGGGUAACCCUAUCCCACAGCCCCUGUGCGGUAUCCAGCGAGAGUCUCUCGAAGGAGUUUCUGAGUCAGUGACACACCCAGACGAACCACACGACGAUCAUAAAGCAUGCCUAAAUGAUGACACUCUUCGGCUCAGCGCGCUAAAGUAA